CGAAAUUAAACUCUCAUCAUCCUACAUACUAAACCGCAUGUUGUAUUGGUUACUUAAUGUUCUCUGUAUCUGAUUCAUGAUCUUUCCCUUCUACCGCCAUCGCUCAUUAUGAAGAUUGAAUGGGCAGCAGAUUUCCAUCGCGAUGGGUCGCGCCGGAAGCACCCUAUACCCAACACAAUGCAUGGGUGGCUUGCAAAAAUGAGGGGAACCCUUAUCGGUGACGAGAGACUUAGAAGCAGGGGUAUGCGCGAGAUGAAGGCAGCCCGGGAAUACAAACGCAGGGAGGCGCGACGCAAAAAGCAGUCGUGCGGUUUUCUUGCAAACCUCUUUGGGUGCAAGCUGCCUCCUUCCCGUAGCUCUGGCACCCGGAGCCAGCCUCGCGUUCGACAUCGGGGUUCUGCUCAUCGCCUAGUCGGGCAUGCACCGCAGCGACGUCACACCACGGGCAUAGCUGGUACCCCCGGUAGAAGCAAAUCACCCGUCAAGGCUCCUGUAAACGGAGUCAGGAGGAACACUCAAGGACGCGGCCAAACCACAGGUGCACGCCGCGUUCAGCCAAAACGUAGAGUGACGAGGUAAAUUAUACGGCUAGAAGUUUGAUUUGUCCUGUAUACUUAUCGUGUGUAUCAUCUGGUUUUUAUUUUUGUGUAUUCGCAUAACGCGAUACAUUAAUAUGGCGAUCUUGGUAUUAAUAACAUUUUGGCACUGCAGCCCAUUCAUCUUACUUCCCAAAGUUUGCAUCCAUGCCCCUGAAGGCAAAGCUCUGCAUCCAUAGGAACACACAAGGUUGCCAUGCUGCGCCGAUGAGUUCCCAGAGGCUAUAUCCUGGAAUCUGCUGUUGGGAUACCCCGUUGGCGUCUGGGGUUUCAUCCAGUUCAUCUACAUAUCCUGUCGCCAGUGCACAACUAGGUAUCGUUUCCAUCGUAAUCAUUAAUUUAUAAGCGAGCUUUCAAUUUUACGAUCCCAUGACUGGCCCCAAGCACCUUUGUUUAGCGCAGGCGCUUAUAUAUAGACCCC